AUGAAAGCGUACUCCGGGGGUCGGGAAGCCACAGAGGAAGCCGGCGUCGCCCUGGUGGGGGUGCAUAGCGAGUACCCGCGCUUCGGUGAAGAGAGGGCGCUUGGCGGUGGCACUUACAAGGGCGGGGGGGCUGCGAAGCAUAAACCUAAUAUAGGAUAUAGGUUAGGUAGAAGAAAGGCAUUAUUUGAAAAAAGAAAAAGAAUAAGUGACUACGCUUUAGUAAUGGGGAUGUUUGGAAUUAUUAUUAUGGUUAUAGAAAAUGAAUUGUCUAGUGCCGGUGUAUAUAGUAAGGCUUCAAUUUAUUCUCAGGCUCUGAAAACGCUUAUAUCAAUGUCGACUGUGAUCUUACUAGGCCUAAUCGUCGCGUACCAUGCAUUAGAAGUACAGUUAUUUAUGAUAGACAACUGCGCUGACGAUUGGCGGAUAGCCAUGACGUGGCAGAGGAUAGCACAAAUCGGUCUAGAAUUAAGUAUCUGUGCUGUUCAUCCUAUCCCAGGGCAGUAUACAUUCACUUGGACGACCAAGCUGGCGAAUAAAGGGGGUGUAAUUGGUGUGGAAGUUGGCACAAUGUACAAACAAAUUCAGGUGCCCUACGACGUCACGUUAUCGCUGCCGAUGUUUCUACGGCUUUAUUUAAUAUGCAGGGUUAUGCUUCUACACAGCAAACUGUUCACGGAUGCCUCUUCGAGAAGUAUAGGAGCCUUGAAUAGAAUUAAUUUUAACACUAGAUUUGUACUGAAGACCCUUAUGACUAUAUGUCCCGGUACAGUCUUACUUGUAUUCAUGGUUUCAUUAUGGAUUAUUGCGAGUUGGACACUUCGUCAGUGUGAGAGGUUUCACGAUGAAGAACAUGCUAACCUACUCAAUGCGAUGUGGCUUAUCGCAAUUACUUUUCUCUCCGUCGGUUUUGGUGACAUUGUGCCAAACACGUAUUGUGGCAGAGGUAUCGCUGUAAGCACCGGUAUUAUGGGAGCUGGAUGCACUGCGUUAUUAGUCGCGGUUGUUUCAAGAAAAUUAGAAUUAACUAGAGCUGAGAAGCACGUUCAUAACUUCAUGAUGGACACACAACUUACUAAAAGACUGAAAAACGCCGCAGCCAAUGUUUUAAGGGAGACGUGGUUAAUAUACAAACAUACAAGGCUUGUGAAAAGGGUGCACCCGGGACGAGUGAGGACCCAUCAAAGAAAAUUUUUAUUAGCUAUUUAUGCAUUAAGGAAAGUAAAAAUGGACCAGAGGAAGCUGAUGGAUAAUGCAAACACGAUAACAGACAUGGCAAAGACGCAGAAUACAGUUUACGAAAUAGUAUCAGACAUGAGCACAAGACAAGACAGCAUAGAAGAGAGGUUAACCAGUUUAGAAGAGAAAUUGUCUUCAUUACAGGAACAAGUAAACAGUUUGCCUGAUAUGAUGGCAAGAUGCUUACAGCAGUGUUGGGAGAGAGCUGAACAGAGAAGGAACUUCCUACAUCCUGAUGCGGCAGCUGUGCCAACGCCUCCGGCGGCUAAUAUAUCUCCAUAUGCCAGAACAAUCCCCACAGCAACACAUCCUUGGCCCCCGAGCCCCAUUCUCCAGCCGACGGCGCGCGCGCACUCAGCGCCAGAGAGCGCGUGCGCGCCGUCCCCCGCCCCUCAGACGAGCCCAGCGCCUCGGCCUCCGUUGCCCAGCUGA